AUGGAUUCAUUUGAAAACAGUGUAAAUAAUAGCUCUGACUGUAUUUAAAAUCCUCUUUGUAAUCAAAACUUGAGCUAGUAGGUACUUUAAAAUAAUCAAUAAUACUCUUCAUAGUAUAGCUUAAGCUAAAAAAACGAAGCGUUUAACUCAUCUUAAAACAAACCACUUUCUUAGCAGUUCCUCCCUCAUAUUGAUAAUACUUUAAAGUUGGAAGAUUUAAAUGGAAAGAGCUCUGCUAAGCACAACUAAUGCAAAAAUAUAUAGCAAGAAUAACUUUUUCAAUAAUAGCAAAGCAUGUAAACUCUUAAAAGCUUUAACUCUUCUAAUAUUUUAUAUUAAUAGAGCACUUUAACAACACAUACAAAUGUAUUAAAUCACAACUAAAAUUUAGAUUAGUAGAAUAUGGAUAGCAAUUAAAGUUGUAAUAAUAUGCAUUAAAAUCAUUUGUCUAAUUCUAGUUAAGAUAUUCCUUACUCUGAAAGUCAUAAGAAUUCUUAGUAGAGUAUUCAUCAAAUACAUAAGCUUUAAUAGCAGAUAUAAGCAGACACUAUUGCAUCUAAUCAAUAAAAUAUAUAUUCUUAGAAAUCGCUUAUUUACGAUUUCGAAGGUUAAAAACAGUUUUAAGAAGGAUAACAAGAAGAGUUGGAUGAUUAAGUUCGCUUUUUUUCUACUUAAUAAGAUGAGGAUAAUACAAAUACUUUAAAAAUUUCUAAUUCUAAUUAAUUUAAAUAAGAUUCAGAAACACAAUAUAGCUAUGAUAAAAUUAGGGAAUGCUAGCAAAUUAGCAGUAGUAAAAUUAGUUAAAAGAAUGAGGGUCAAGCAAAUAACAAUACUAGAAAUUUAGCUAUCAAUUAGCCUUUAAUAAACAAUAAUAACCCAUAAAAUAAUAGAAAAGGAAGUUUAUGUGCUAGUAAUUUUAGUGGUAAUAUGGGGUUAGCUAACAACGAUGAAAAUAUUUAAGUAAAAAUAGUGAAUGAGAUCCUCAACUUUGAUGAUUAAAAAUUUAAUUUCACAGUAUUUUCAAAUCUGAAUGCUACUGGAUAAUAACAGUUUAUGAAUACAAAUAAUGUUGAAAUAGGCAGUAGAAUUGAAAAUAGUACAAUAAAAAAUCUAUUUAAUUCAACAAAAGACUUUUAAGAUAUUUCUGCUUUGAUGGCUAAUAUAGAGUAUACAGAGUAGAACAUGAAAUUGAUUGAUGAAUUGAAUUAACUCAACAAAGCUAUAAAAGAUACUGAAUAGAAGAUAGAACAAAUUUCUACUCAACAAAACAAUUUAAACGGCUUUUAGAAUGAAGCAAUUUACUUCAACAGCCUCACAGUUAAAGACAGAUUAAAAAACAUAGACGAAUAUAGAAAUAAAAAUUUAGAACCUACCCAUUUGAAGGAAAUGCUUAAUGGAAGACAGCAACACUUGAAAAGCCUUAACAAGGAUCUAAUCAAGCUUGAAAGUGAACGAGAAAGGUAGAAAUAAUUAGAAGGAGAUAUAAUUAAGAAAGUUGAUAAGGAUUUCUAAAAGGAUAUUGAUUUGAUGAAUUAAGGGCUGAAAGAGAUAAGUAAUCUUAAAUCAGAAGUAUUGAGGGAAAUGUAAUCUGAAGAAGAGUUAGGUCAUAACUUAUAAGAAAGGAAAUCUCUUGGUAAAGAAGAACUAAUAGCUAAACUUAUGCAAAGAGCAGAGAUGGUGGCGUAGAUGGAAGAUUUUGAGGAAAUAUAAGAAGAUUUCAAGUAGAAGUUUCCUCUUGAGGCAAAAUAUUUAUUCUAAUAACUAUAAUUGAAAAAAGAUUUAGAAACUAUGCAAAAAAAACACUAAGAUUAUGUAAGCAGUAAAAAGGAAAAAAUGAGUCUAUUAGAAUAAAUCUAAUAGCAAAUUAAAGAGUUAAAUGAAUUUGCUUAAUACAAAUACAGCGCUAUUUAAGAAGUAUUAAACUAUAAAUAGCAGUAAUUAAGAAUUUAUAAUGAUAAGAUGGAAACAAUAGAAGAAUAAAUAAACAAAAAAUGUUCAAAUUUUGGAUUUGAAAGUGGAUAAAAUGUUUUUCUUUAGAUUUUUGAUGAAAGAUUUAUGGUUCUCUCAAAAUAAGCUCUUGAAAAGUAAAUUUAGUUAAUAGAAAGUGAAGAAACCUAACUAAAUGAUUAGUAUUUAGAAUAAAUAGAAGCCUUAGAAUAAGGAGUUUAAAUUUCUUAAUAUUCCCCUUCAGAAUCAUCUACCUCAUCUAUUUCAUUAAAAUCAUCACCACAAUCCUCACCGCUAAGAUCUUUGAAAUCUAAUUUUUCUUAGUCAUUAAAAAACCAUAAUUAAGUUACUGGCUCACCUUCGAAUAAUUGUAAUUCUAUUUCUAAGUAAACCUUAUCAGCUAAUUAAUAUCCUUAAGAUGAUAUUAGCUAAUGUAAGUCUGAGCACUAGAAGGUAAAAGAGAUUUUCCUUAUCAGAAGCACUAUGCUGAGAAAGUGGAAAGAAAAAGCAAAAGAAUAUUUAUCUUCUCUUGAGAUUUAAAUAAAUACUCUUUAAUUCUAAAAUAACGGCCAUUAAAUAGAUAGAUAACACAUUAAAAAUUUAAUUUAAUUUUACUUGGAUUCAACUAAAAUAUCUUAUGAGUAAACAGAAAUUGACUUUUUAGCUGAUUUGUAUGAACAAUAUUUUGAGGCCUUUUCGUAGCAAAAAUUAAUUGUAAUAGAUAAUAGAAACGAAGAGAGUGAGAAUUGCUUACAGAUCGAAGAAGUAGAGAAAAAAGUUAAAGAAUUGAAAGAAGCUAAUGAAUAAGUAUAAUUGGAAAUAUUGACAAAUGAUGAAGAUGUUUAAAAAAUAAUAAACAUCAUUAAAUAGAAAGAAUAAGAAAUUAAUUCGAAAAGAAUAAUUAUGGAAAAUAUACUUCUGUAAUAGGCUGAUUAAGCUUUCUAAGAUUAUAUUGAGCAGUAAAGUGAGGUUUUUGAAGGGCUAUAAAAAACAUAUGGAAGCAAAGCUCUUUAGCAAAUAAAACUUGGGCAUCAUAAAUAAUUCAGAGAGAUUAUGAAGCAGAAUCAAGAAAAGAGGAUGCAAAAAUUCGAAGAGGUUCAAGCUUAGAUCACAAAAUUAAACUAGUAAAUAUAAGAUAAUAUAAAAUAUGUAGAUACUAACUUAUCUGAGGAUCUAGGAGCAAUCUAAGCACAAAUUGAUGAUUCAUUUUAAAAAAAAUCUUAAUUGUAAGUUGAUUAUCAAACAAUUUUAGAAAAAGAAAAGGAAUUUGAAAGACAGCUUGAGUCACUCUUACAAGCCAAAAAAGUUAAGGUGAUUGAAAUACUCUAAGAUAACAGUAAUUAUAUAAGCUAGUCUACUUACGAGAAAAGAAAAAUUAAACUAUAGAAAGAGAUAGAAGAUUGUGAAUCCGAAAUUAAGAUAAUCGAAUAAAAUCUUAAAAACUUACUAACUCAAGAUAUUUAUUCUCUACCCUUAAAAGAGUAAAUCAACAAAUUAAAUAUUUAAACAUUUGAAGACUCCUAUGAUAGAAACAAAGAAAACCAAAAUCCAAACGAAGGAGAAAGAUAAUUUUUAGUCCAUCAAAGCGUUAAUGCUAACGUAUUAAAAAAAGAUUUAGAAGAACUACAAAUGCAAAGACUUGCUUUAGAAUCAAGAUUGAUAGAAAUCAACUUUAAUAUCAACACAGCAAAUAACUCUGAUUUUAAAUCUUGCAAUCUAGUAAUCCCUUAUGAAAAUACAAACAAGCUACAAUCCUAAGUUGAUUAAAAAAUGAAAGAAGAUACAAAAACACUCAAAAAUAGCUGUACAAAUACAGAUCAUGAAUAGCCUAAUACUUAGAAUAAAUUUAAAAAAGAAUUAAUAUCCCAUGAAUAACCUGCCUUCUUCAACGGAAGUGGGAGCGAAAUUAACUCUAGAAAAUAACAAAAAUUAGUUUAGAAUAAUAAUAUACUUUUUAAUUAAAUUGAUGAGAAUUCAUCUUUUUUGAUAAGGAGUUAGUUGGGUGGUAAUCAAAUGUUUAAUACUGCUGAUUAAAUGAUAGAUUAAAAGCAAUUUGAAAAUAAAAAUAUCAAAGCAAUAGAAAACUUAAGCCAAUACCAUUUUGGAAUGGAAAAUGAUUUAGAUUAAAUUUCUGGCAAUAAAAAAAUAUCUUCAUAUAAGAAUGAAAAGUAAAAAUUCAAUUCAAGUUUGUCAUAACAUUCUGAGCAUACUUACAAGAUUGAAAAUGUUAAUUAAAAUGUUUAGAUUUCUUCAAAUGAACAAUUUAAAUAAAAUCAACAUGAAUUAAAAUAGGAUUUAACUUCUGAUUUAAGAGGUAUUAAAUAGGAUGAAUUUGAAUGCAAUGAUUAUAGAUUGAAUAGUAACUUGAAUAAUUAAUCUGAUUUAUGUAAAAUCAAAUAGUAACUUUUUGGUACUCGUAAUCAUCAAUUAGAAAAUUAAGGUGAAUAUUUUUCAAGCUUGAAUGAGCCUCAUUAUGGCUUGAUUUAAAAUCAUAAAAUUCAAUUUGUAGAACACGAAGAUGACCCUAUCAUUAUUGCAAAUACCACCAGCAAGAAUUUAUAAAAAUAAAGAAAUAUCCUCAAUUAAUAUCAUUAAAUUGCAAUACAAAAUAAUAAUAAUAAUUAAUGCUAAUAAAAUAUUUUUCAAAGUUAACCAAUGCAAUCAGAUAAUAUUAUAUAAUAAAAUCCUAUGGAGAGCAAUAGAGAUUUUAGUAGCCAUUUUACAAAUGAGGCAGUAUUCAAAAAUAUUGAAGAUACUUAAAGCUUGAAAAAUGGAUUAAAAAACAAAGAUAUAAUUCAAAAUUAAUUUAAUUAAUAACAAUACUAGCAAUAUGAGGAUUUGGGACAAACUUUAUAGACAAUUACAGAAGAAUAAAUCAGUACUAAUAGAGGUUAAAGCGCUCGAAACUAUAUGCAGUAAUAUCUAAACAUCCAUUAGAUUACAUAAAAUGACUAAUUAAAUUACCAACCCAAUUUUAUUAAGGAUUAAUAAGAAAGAGAAUAGGCUUUAAAAUAUGAAAGCUUUUAAAAUAGCAAAACAAAAUAGCCAAAGUUAAAUUUAGGAUAAUACCAUUCUUACAGUAAUUAAAUUACACCAAAGAAUAUUAAUCUUUCUUAGCAGCAAGUUAAGGCUGAAUAGACUAAUAAUUACUAAGAAAAUUCAUAAUCAUUAAGAGAAAGAAAGAAAAAUUAAUAAAUAGAAUCUUUAACUAUUAAUCAAAAGAUAGCAAAUCAAAAUAUUAAUUAUUAUAAUGGCACUCAUAUUCAAUAAACUCAGAAUAAUAGCAGAGCGAAGAGCUUAAUGUGUGAUGCGAAAGAGAGCUCAAAGCUAUUGCAUGAAAACUUCAAAGUUAAAACUAAUUUAAAAUAAAAUCCAAAAAAUUAAUUCAGUAAAACUCAAAAUAACUAUUAAAUAUAAGAAAUGUCAAAAAAUAAGCAAUAAAGAGUGGAUGCCUCUUUGAAAUAACUAAAUUUAGAUUAAAAUACCUACAAUAAUGUUUGUCUUUAGGGGUUUUUAGCUAGUACUAUUAAUUAAUAAGAAAAUCUUUGUCCAAACAUUAUCUAGCCAUUAACUUAAUAAUUUAUUAAUUUAGGUAUGUCAAAGUAACAAUAAAAAAACAUACAGCCUCUCUUAAGUCAUACUUCGAAUUCUUUAUGCCUUUAGCAGAAUAACUACACAAUCAAUGAAGCUGGAAACUGGUUUUAAACACCAAAUUAAAAUAUAUAAAUAUCAUUUAAUAGCUACCUUAACUCUUCCUUGAACAAGCAGAAAAAUCUAAGUAAAUAGCCUAAACAAGGUGCUGUUGACAUUCAGAAGUGUUCUAAUAACUACUCAUUAGAUGUGAGAUGUAUACAACCUCAGUCUUCAAAACAUUAAAAUUCUUAAGCCUACCCAGUUCAAAAUUAAUAUUUUGAGAAUAAUUAUAACCAGCAUUAGAAUUUAUCAUUUGAUCCUAAGCUUAUUUACUAAUCGUAAGAUUGUCAACUUUAAUAAUUCUCAAAUUAAGAUAAUACUUCAUUUAGUUCUUUACAACAGCAAUAAAUUGAUUAAUAGCUUAUAAAUUUUGAUUAAGAUAUUCAAAAGUAUUAAUUUAUGGCUUAAAACAAAAAAAAACGUAGAUCAAAAUCUGAAGAAAUGAAAGGACCAAGCGCUUAAAUUUAACCAUAAAUAAAAUCUAAUACCAUUAAUAUAAAAGGUCCAUUACUUUGUAACUAUUAGAAUAAUCAAAGGUCAAAAAGUUAAAGUGUAUAAGGGCAAGGUGAAUCAUUAUUAAACAAAAACAUCUAAUCUCUGUCUUCUGUAAAUUGCUAAUAGAUCUAAAACUACUAAAAAUAAUUCAUUUAUAAACUCCAUCUUGAGCAAUUGUAAAACAAAGAAGCUCAAUUUUUGAUACAAAUAAAAGAUUUACUGGAAGGAACUGUUAUAAUGAAGAAGUUUUCUUAAUAUUAAAGUUUGAAGCAACAUGUUUUUAAUCCGUUUACUUGUGAUUAAAUGCCUCCAGAAAACUGUGGAUUUGGAUAGAGACUUAUAAAUCUUCAUAAAAAUUUGACCAAAAUAGAGAUAAGACACCCAUUAAAAUAAGGAACAGUUGAAUCGACAAUAAAUAUUGAUUAAAUAUUACGUUAUACUAUACCAAAUACAACUUUAGAACUUUUAAAAAUUCAAAAAGAACUUAGAUAAUAAAAGGAAUGCUUUGAACAAGGCUUAUAAUAAAAUAAAAUCAAUAUUUAAAACUUGCCAGCAUUAGAAAACAUUGAUUAAAUCUCUUACUAUGCCUUUUGUAUAGUUCUAGAUAAAGGAGGAAGAAUAGAAUUUAUUGCAUAAGAUUACAAGACAUUUAAUAUGUGGAUAUAAGGCUUGCAACAGAUAAUAAAGUAAAAAAAGCUUCUUCCUCGUCUUAAAAAUUACAUUGAGCAAGUUUAAAUUAUUUGA